AUGUUCACUCUGAACGGCGAAGUGUGGAACGAAAACAGAAAUUUUACUGUCCGCGUGCUUCGAAACCUGGGUUAUGGAAAGACAGCAAUGGAGGAGCAUAUCAAGGAGGAAUUGUCGAGCCUCGUCAAGCAGAUAGAAGAAGCCAGAGGACGUGCUAUUCCAGUGUUCGAGUUCGUCCUUUCAAGCGUGCUCAACGUCACCAGUGGCAUCUUGUUUGGAAUUAGAUACCCUCCCGGCGACCUGAAGCGCGAAUACCUGACGAAACACGCCGCGGGUUACGUGGAGGGAAUCCACUGCGACCCGAUUAUCGAAUGGAAACCCUGCUGGCUGAGCCGUCUCGAGGCCAGCCUGCCCUUCACGAGGACGGGGGCCAUGCGCAGACAUCGUAAGGCGCUGGCCGACUUCAUCAGGGAUCAAGUCAAGGAACAUGAAGACACAAUGGAGGCAGACGUCACCCGAGACUUCAUUGACGGCUACCUCAAGCAAGUUGAGAAGCAUCAGCAUGAUCCCAAUUCUGCGUUUCGAGUAAGCCAUCUGUUGGGAAACAGCCUGGAACUCAUUUCCGGUUCCGCCACGAACACACCAGCCCUGAUCCACUGGCUGCUGGUGGUGUGCGCGCAGAAUCCUGACAGAGUGCAGGCCAGGAUUCAGAAGGAGGUCGACGACGUCGUUGGCCGUCAGAGACAGCCUACUUGGGACGACCGCAAGGCGAUGCCGUUCACGAUGGCCAGCGUGCUUGAGAUAACGCGGUGGAAGGCCACCACGCUUUUCCCGAUGCCCCGAGGUGUACAAGAAGACACUAUCAUCGGCAAGUACGUUAUUCCCAAAGGAACUAUGGUUCUGAUUAACCUCAUGGGAGUGCACAAAAAUCCCGAUCUUUGGGAGAAUCCGGAUAGAUUCGAUCCAACACGAUUCUUAACAGCCGACGGCAGUGAACUGGAGAAGAAACCGGGGCACCUCAUCCCUUUCUCGCUUGGCAAAAGAAAAUGUCCGGCAGAGAAGCUGGGGUACGUCGAAAUGUUUCUGUACCUAUCAACCCUUCUGCAGAGAUUCAGCGUGUUUCCUGAUAAGGGAACAGUUCUGCCUGACCUCGAAUGCCCGACCACACCUUGUAGGGAUACCUCUUUGAAGAUGUUGCGCUUUGUCACUCGCCCAUAG